UUUAAAUAAUUUUGCAUUGCUAAGUUCCUGCUCUAUAUGAAUUCCUUUUAUUCUUUGGAUGACAAAUUCAUAUGCAAUAUGUAAUGUUUAAUGUUUGUGUGAACAUCUUUUUUUCAAAGGAAGGCAUGGACAAUGAUAGCGAUGCGUGGAAUGAUGACGACAAUAUCGAGGAGAAUGACACGAGUGAGGAGGGAUCUAGUAGUAAUGCGUCAAGUACAUUUGAUUUUGAUACAUGGGCGGAAUGGUACGCAUGGUCUAGCCGUAACGAUGGUAUAGAAGAAGCGGUUCUUCUUUUGAGCAUGUUGAUGGAGGAGCAGCAAUCCCAUGCCCAACGUUGUAUGCCCAGGCCACAACAUAACAUUGGCUUGCGUGGUUAUCUGUACAUCAUCGCAGUACUUAAUGGACAUCCUGACACCUGUUACGAGAUGUUCCGAAUGGAGGUAUAUGCAUUCCGGGCCUUAUGUAAUCGUUUACGUAGAGAUGCUAGCUUGCGUGAUUCGUCACGAGAGGUCACGGUUGAGGAACCCUUAGUAAUGUUUUGCUACACUGUGGGACAUGGUGUCGUUCAACGGAAUGCAGCUAACUUGUUUCAACAUUCGGUUGAAACUAUAAAUCGAUAUGUGUACAACGUAAUGCGUGCAUUAUGUCGCCUAUCGCGCCGUGUGAUUAAACCGAGCCAGACAACUGGGGUGAUGCCUUAUAUUGAAGGAAAUCCAAGACUUUAUCCAUGGUUCGAGAAAUGUCAUGGUGCAAUGGAUGGGGUCAUGAUCGACGCAGCUGCGCCGGCUUCCAUAGCAAAUGCAUAUUUAAAUCGGUAUCACAGGAUUACCCAGAAUGUCUUGUAUGUAUGUGAUUUCGAUAUGAAAUUCACAUUCGUAUACGCCGGGUGGGAGGGUACAGCCUAUGAUGCUCGUGUUUUAAUUGAUGCGUUGAGGCGUAAUUAUUAUCUAGUAGAUUCGGCAUUUCCCUGUGUCGAAGGAUUUAUGCCACCGUAUCUGAGGAAUGUCAUUGAACGAACUUUUGUAUAUAGCAAUCCCGAUGAUUAUCCAGGAAUGGAUGCGGAUUAG